AAAAUACAGCAUUUUCAAGAAGACCAAUUCAUUCCUUAUAAGCCUUGUUAAUAAAAUAUUGAACUAUUGAUUGACUGUUAAAUACAAACACAAGGGGUGAGGUUUGUCAGAAAAAAACAACAUAUCUACUAAUGUAGCCUGUAAAAUAAUUUACAAUAAUGGUAUUCUAAACUGGAUUACAACAUACGAAAACUCGGCAAUUUUUAAAGGUAGUAUGCCUUACUGUAAUAAAUUACGACAUAGGGAAGGCAAUGAGAAGGCUUGAGGGUUUUUAAAUGAAAACAAAGCAGAUGCAUUAGAAGAGCAGGUAGAAAAUGAUAGCCUUCUGCUGUACUGUAUUUUGCAAAUCACUGAGGCUAAAUAUAAGUAUUGAGUAGGCUAUAUCACGUCCUGGGAGUAGACACAUUUUACUCCCUGCUUAACAAUAAAUACAAAUAAUAAUGAUAAUGAUGAUAAUAAUAAUUCCAUUUAGUAGUAUACUAGCAUUCUGGGACAGUGUCCUCAGUUUAAUGAAGAAGAAGAAAAGACCCAGGCUUCAAUAAUGUGACAAACCUUUGCUAAACUGGAAGCAACAUAUUGCAGCAGCUUGUCACACAAGGAUGAGAGAAAAGACAGAUAAACCAACUUGAACAGGAUUUCCAAGCAUUGUGCACACAGAUGUUUCUUGAGAGAUCUUUGUUGCAUGGAUGGUAAUGCAACCAAAAUUAUGUUGCACUGCCUUAUCACUUUGUUUUGAAGAUAACAAAGACAGGAUUUUGAUUGUGCGGUUCAUAUGCAGCUGUGACAUAUUGCUGCACUUCAGCAAAACCAAAAUAAUAACUUCGAGUGCUGCUUGUUCAACUCUUGUCCAAACACCAACUAUUUAAAUAUUUCAGAAUUCAGUGGGGGAGCAGCCAACAAAAUGCUUCCAGAGUUUCCAGAUGUACAGUAUUUUGUUAAACCUGUAAAUGAACACUUGGAAUGAAACAGUACUUUCAGGACAUGUUAAAGCACUGACAUAACUACAUAAUUUUUCCAGAUGUAUUGUCCAUUCUCUUCACUGGAAACAUACACAUUGUUAUAUGAGAUCCAGAUGGACCUAUGGGGUUGACCUACAAAGCCAUAUGAAAAGUAUUAUUUGACAGUGGAAUCAAGCGCACUUUUUAAAAACUUGAGUUCUUCGACAAUACACUUUGCACUUCAACAUCAUUUCCCACAACGCACCACCAGAGGGAAGAUUCUACAUUUUGAAUAAAAGAAACAAUAAAUAGGGGGCAUCAGGCCAGCCAUAAUUACAAUUGUGAAUUUCUUUGAAAGUACAUACUUGAAGCUGUUGUGGCAACAAGAGCAAAAUGAGUGCUUGAGAGAGGGCGGGAGAGAGAGAGAGAGGUCUCUUGCUUUAGUUUACAGCCCAGAAAAUGAACAUCUCCAUAUGAGGAAUCACUGUACCAGCAGGAUUCACAAUGGCACAAACCAGUUUGUUGCAGGGAAAGAGGUUUUACUGCAGGGAGUGGGUUUUCCACAAGCUUCAGCACUGCCUCCAGGAGAAAACAAACCGCAUUAUCAGUGUUAAUAGCACGCCUAACAAACAGGCUAGUGUAACAAACCCUGCGAGCAAUUACAGCACUGUUCCCAGCAAAGGAGUAGCCUGGGGAGUGCUGCUGGUGGGGGGUCCUGGCAGUGGGAAGACUGCUUUGUGCACUGAGUUGCUGUGGCCAAGCUCACCUCAGGGAUUGCAGAGGGGGACACACCGGCAAGUGCUGGCUUUCCAUUUCUGUCGGGCGGACGACUCUGACACGCUCUGUGUGAGUGGCUUUAUUCGGGGGCUGGUGGCUCAGAUUUGCCUCAGUGGACUAAUACAGGGAUAUGAGGAGACAGUAAGAGACCCUGCAUUUCAGAGUGCUUUGCAACCUGGCGAGUGUGAAAGGAACCCCGCAGAGGCUUUCAAAAGAUGCAUUCUCCUUCCACUCCUUGGAGCGAAGCCUCCACAGCAGUCUGUCUUCAUCCUAGUGGAUUCAAUUGAUGAAGGGUGUCACUUUGGUGAAGGGGAGCAGCGGUCAUCAAGCUCCUCUCGAACUAUAGCAGAACUUCUAGCAAGCCACCAUGAGUUCUUCCCUCCCUGGCUGCUACUUCUGUGCUCUGCCCGGAAACAAAACAAAGCAGUCACAAAAUUGUUUACAGGUUUUCGUAAAAUCAGCCUUGAUGACCUCCGUAAAGCUUAUAUAGUCAAGGAUGUUCAACAAUAUAUUCUUCACCGAUUAGAUCAAGAAGAAGCUCUGAGGCAACACCUCACAAAAGAAACAGCAGAGAUGUUAAAUCAACUCCACAUAAAAAGCAGUGGUUGCUUCCUUUACUUGGAACGAGUACUGGAUGGAGUUGUUGAAAACUUCAUCAUGCUGCGAGAGAUUCGUGACAUCCCAGGCACAUUAAAUGGACUCUACCUGUGGCUUUGCCAGAGACUUUUUGUGAGAAAACAGUUUGCAAAAGUCCAGCCAAUCCUGAAUGUGAUUCUGGCAGCAUGUAGACCCUUAACAGUCAUGGAACUUUAUCACGCGGUGUGGACAAAAAAUAUGUCAUUGACAGUGGAGGAAUUUCAAAAGAAACUAGAUAUUCUGUCGAAGCUUCUUGUUGAUGGCCUUGAGAACACAAAAAUCCUUUUUCAUUACAGUUUUGCCGAGUGGUUGCUGGAUGUAAAGCACUGUACACAAAAGUAUUUGUGUAAUGAAGCCGAGGGACAUAGGAUGAUGGCUAUGAGUUACACUUGCAGAGCCAAGGAACUUGCACCACUGGAGGUGCAGGAGUUUGCAUUGCACCUGAUUAACUCUAGCCUUCAGUUAGAGCCCUGUAACAUAGCACUGUGGAUGGUGUGGAAUGGCACCCCUACAAAAGACUCAUUGACAACCUCAUUUCCCAAAGAACAAGAAGUGUUACAGUUGUUGGUAAAAGCUGGUGCUCACGUCAAUAGUGAAGACGAUCAUGCAUCUUGCAUCGUACAACAGGCCUUGGAAAGGGAGGACUCCAUUAGGACUUUAUUAGAUAAUGGAGCUUCUGUAAACCAAAAUGACUCCAGUGGAAGAACUUUGUUAGCUAAUGCUGCGUACAGUGGAAAUCUUGAUGUGGUUAACUUGCUCAUUUCCAGAGGAUCCAAUUUGGAGAUUGAAGAUGGUCAUGGACAGACAGCACUUACACUUGCCGCGAGGCAGGGGCAUACCAAGGUGGUGAACUGCUUAAUUGGCUGUGGGGCAAAUAUCAAUCACACAGAUCACGAUGGUUGGACAGCACUGAGGUCUGCAGCCUGGGGAGGACACUCUGAGGUGGUAUCUGCACUUUUGUAUGCUGGUGCCAAAGUAGACUGUGCUGAUGCUGACAGUAGAACUGCCUUGAGAGCAGCAGCUUGGGGAGGACAUGAGGACAUUGUGCUUAAUUUGCUCCAGCAUGGGGCAGAAGUCAAUAAAGCCGAUAAUGAAGGAAGAACUGCACUCAUUGCAGCGGCAUAUAUGGGCCACAGAGAGAUUGUGGAGCACCUGCUUGAUCAUGGAGCCGAGGUAAAUCAUGAAGAUGUCGACGGAAGGACUGCUUUAUCAGUAGCUGCACUGUGUGUGCCUGCUAGCAAGGGACAUGCAUCUGUAGUCAGCCUUCUUAUUGACCGGGGAGCAGAAGUUGACCAUUGUGACAAGGAUGCCAUGACUCCUUUGUUGGUAGCAGCCUAUGAAGGACAUGUUGAUGUAGUUGAUUUGCUGCUGGAAGGAGGAGCAGAUGUUGAUCAUACAGACAAUAAUGGGCGCACUCCUCUUCUUGCAGCUGCUUCUAUGGGCCAUGCCUCGGUUGUAAACACCCUCCUGUUUUGGGGAGCAGCUGUGGAUAGCAUUGACAGUGAAGGAAGAACUGUAUUGAGUAUAGCAUCGGCACAAGGGAAUGUGGAAGUUGUACGGACUCUACUGGACAGAGGAUUAGAUGAGAAUCAUAGAGAUGAUGCUGGCUGGACUCCAUUGCAUAUGGCCUCAUUUGAAGGGCAUAGAUUAGUGUGUGAAGCUCUUAUUGAACAAGGUGCCCGAUGUGUUGAAGUUGAUAAUGAUGGUCGAAUUCCAUUGAUAUUGUCUGCCCAAGAAGGUCAUUAUGACUGUGUGCAGAUACUGCUUGAAAACAAAUCCAGCGUUGAUCAAAGAGGCUAUGAUGGAAGGAAUUCAUUAAGAGUUGCAGCCUUAGAAGGUCAUAGAGACAUUGUUGAACUGCUUCUUAGCCAUGGAGCAGAUAUAGACGGUAAAGAUGCUGAUGGCCGCCCUACUCUAUACAUCUUGGCACUUGAAAAUCAACUGGCCAUGGCAGAAUAUUUCUUAGAAAAUGGAGCAAAUGUGGAAAUAAGUGAUACAGAAGGAAGAACAGCUCUUCAUGUUUCCUGCUGGCAGGGGCAUUUAGAAAUGGUGCGGUUGUUGAUUAACUAUCAUGCCAAUGUCAACUCUGCUGAUAACGAGAAACGUUCUGCUUUGCAGUCUGCUGCGUGGCAGGGGCACAUCAAGGUGGUCCAGCUGCUGAUUGAUAAGGACACUCAUGUUGAUCACACGUGUAAUCAGGGAGCCACUGCACUCGGCAUUGCAGCCCAAGAAGGACACUUUGAUGUGGUUCAGAUACUGUUGGAACAUGGUGCUGAUCCAAACCAUGCAGAUCAAUUUGGCCGCACAGCAAUGCGUGUUGCAGCAAAAGGGGGUCACUCCCCAAUAAUUAACCUCCUUGAAAAGUAUGGAGCCUCUAGUCUGAAUGGCUGUAGUCCUUCUCCUGUACACACAAUGGAACAAAAAGCCCCCCUUUCUGUUACAGCAAAAAUGCAGUCAAUAACAAUAAAAUCCAACAGCUCUGGCAGCACAGGUAUAGGGGAUUUGCAGCCUUCAGUCCGUGGCAUGUCAAAUGGACCGGUCCAUGCCUUCAGCUCUCCUUCAGAAUCUCCUGAUUCAACUGUGGAUCGGCAAAAGUCCUCACUUUCUAAUAACUCGCUUAAAAGUUCAAAAAACUCUUCCUUGCGAACUACAUCGUCUACCGCAACUGCCCAGACUGUACCUAUUGACAGUUUCCAUGCUAUGACUUUUACUGAACAAAUUCAGCAGCAUUCUUUGCCUCGUAGCCGAAGCAGACAGUCCAUUGUUUCACCCUCUUCGACAACUAGGUCUAUAGGACAGCAUGCUAGUACCCCCUCCUGUGAAUUUGAAUGUAGUCAAGUAAAGCCCAAUCUGAAGUCAACUAAAGGAAGUAAAAGCGGGAAAAAUGGCUCAAGCAAGGAAUGUUCAGGAGGAAGGAAGUCCAAGAACAGUGGUUCCUCUCAACCACAAGUUUUAGAAUAUGAAAUGACACAGUUCGACAAGAAAAUGACUGUAACAAAGCCUGUAUCUAAUGUGGGAGUGACCAUAAAACAGAUUCCAUUAGAGCCUCCGUGUAAAAUUGUGGUUCCACCACCUCAGCUAGACGUUGGGAGAUCACAGCAGCAGUUCCUAAUUCAGCAACAAAACAGUGCAGAAAAGAAAAGGACUGGCAUAAUGACCAAUCCAAACUACCAUCUUCAAGGAAAUCAGGUUUUUUUUGGGAGAGUUUCUGUCCCGAGAACUGUACAAGAUAGAGGACAUCAGGAGGUACUGGAUGGUUAUCCAGUGGGAGAGACAGAAAUAAGCCUUAAACAAUCUCUUAAACUUCAGAUUGAAGGAACAGACCCCAGCUUUAACUACAAAAAGGAAACACCGUUAUAGCUGAUAUCUUGAACAUUAUCCAUCAUAUAAAAAUUGGAAAGACUGAGCCAAAGGAACCUCUUUUAUCUGCAGAAAAACUGAAUUAAUUUUUUCCACAGUCCAGAGUGUAAGCUUUGGACACCUCCUAAAAACACCUGGAGAGGAAUGUGAUUGCUGCACACGGAUUACAUUGACUGAUACUGCAAUGUGCCUACAUUUGUGAUGGCCUUUUCAGUGUAACCCUGCACGGUUUAUAAUUUUUAUUUAAUGUAUCAUGUAUUUAAUAUGCAGAGUAUGCACUUUUCAUAAAGUAGUUUUUUCCCUCCCAACAGAUCCAUUGUUGGAAAGACACCAUGUGGAUUUAUGUUUCUACUAACAUACACA